AUAUUGUAAACGUGUCAUCAAACAAACAGCUGAAUGCGUUGUUGUAAAACUCGUAAAUUAAUUUAUGCCAAUCGCCAGCCCUAACGUCCUACUCGCAUUUAACUUGUUGCACCUACUUUCAAAAAGUUAAAAAGUUUUACGUGUGUUUAUGUGAGAAAGUGAACUCGUUAUCUAAUUAGCAUGUUAUAAUAUUGGCUUUCGAAUUGUGUUAUCUAAUUUACCGUUACAGGGACGCGGAAUGUGUGUAGUUUUCGACAUCACAGGUAUUUCUUUACGAAUUACGAUGCACCUGCAGUGCGGAUACAUCGGGCGUUGAUUUUACGUGUACGAUGCAACGUUGAUUGCGCUACCAGUGAUCGUCCUAAUAACUUUACAAAAUUUAUUAUUGCAAAACUACGUUCAAUCACUCGAUAAACAAAAAUAGACCCAUAAAACUUGAAAAGUGAUCAGUUAAAAAAAAUGAGUCACUGUGGUCAGUGGCUCUAUUGUUUUGUUUUUGUGGAAUGUCUCCCGUUCCGAUGAGUAAAGUACAAAGAAUGCGAAGAGGCAAGUGAAGUGAAAACUAUAGUGUUCCAAAUUCAAAUUGGUUUAACUGUUUGGCGGGAAGAGUGGCUUAUCUUCGCAAUUUGUUAUAAAAUGUGCAUUGUGUUUUCAUACUGUUGUGUUUAAUAGCAAUGGCUCAGAGUUCCGUAGACUCGGAUAGGCUUUCUUCAGCUAAUAUUUCGACUCACAGCUCUGGAACAGCUGGCACAGUUGGUGGAUCAGUGGUCGGCGUCAGAGUUGGCGAUCCCAACCAUAAACAUGGAGAUGAAGAUGAUUACAACUUGGGACCAUUGCCUCCUAUGUGGGAGAAGGCCUUCACACCUUCUGGAGAGAGAUAUUUUAUAGACUACAACACUGGUACAUCACAUUGGCUGGACCCCCGUUUGGCCAGGGUCCGGAAGCACUCCCUGGGCGAAUGCGGUGAAGAUGAGCUGCCAUACGGUUGGGAGAGAGUCACGGAUGAGAGAUACGGCUCCUACUAUGUGGAUCAUAUUAACAGACGGACUCAAUAUGAGAACCCUGUACUGCAGGCGAGGAGACUUAGAGCUGAAAAAAUGGUAGCAGAGAAUGGAAAUAACAAUCCGAUGAACGGUCCACCACCAUCAGGAGAGUUAAGAGGGGAGAGGUUCACAAUGAAUCUCACGAAAAGCACCCAGGGUCUGGGGUUCACACUGAUAGGGGCUGAAGGCAUCCCAGAAACUGAAGGCUAUCUCCAAAUUAGGAGCAUAGUACCGCAUAGCCCGGCUUGGAUUGAUGGUGCUCUUCGGCCUGGUGAUGUUGUGGUGGGCGUGGGCAACAGAGGCGUACGCGGAUUGUCGCACGCACAAGUGGCGCAGAUCUUCCAGUCCAUCACACCGGGCACUGAGGUCACCCUGCAUCUCGUCCGGGGCUACCCCCUAUCGUUCGACUCUGAAGACCCCAACACGCGGGUACUCAGCACGCUAGCGGUAGAUGCGACUACCCCUGCAACUUCUGAUGCGGUUGCUAUGCAGCAGUUGACUCGGGCUUUGAGAACCAGAUUUAACCUCGAGUCUCCAAAUCACGUGGACGGCCAAGGGCGCGACGAAACCGACAACUCCCCAGUGACUCCACACAGCCCCAACCAGAGGCGGAUGCUGUCCAGGUCCUUCGAGCUGGACGAGCUGGCCACUUCCGGGGACCACGACCCUGUGCCGCCCCGGUGCCCCUCCGCCGACCAUCUGCUGACUCUGGCCACUGAACACCAACACCGCAAUAAUAACGGUGGGUCGAGCGAGCCCGGUCGCGAGCUCGUGCUCACACUGAGGCGAGGGGCGGCUGGCUUUGGCUUCACCAUCGCUGACAGCGUACACGGACAGAAGGUCAAGAAGGUGCUGGAUCGCAGCCGUUGCGCCGGGCUGCGGGAAGGUGAUCUCUUGCUGCAGAUCGGUGACAAUGACGUGAGACAUGCGCCUCAUCAGCACGUCGUGCAGGUGUUAAAAGACUGUCCGGCGCUGUCGGAGACUACCCUUCGAGUGUGGAGACGGAACACCAUCAGCAGAGCGCCGCGCAGCAGAUCCGCUACUCGAGUACAGCCAGCUUCGACUGCUCCCAACAACAACAACAACAACCUGGGCAGGAGUAAAACGCCGACAGCGGAGCAACUGCGCUCGCAGCAACCUCUGCAUGUUAACGACAACAGGCUGAUGGACAGACAGAACGGCAUCAACUCUGUGGAGGCAACAUACGCAGUACCGGAACACAAAAACCGGGAAAACCGGGAGACCUUAAUGGAGAGACGACGACGAAGCAGCACUCCUGGCGCUAGACUCACCCUGCCCGUCGUCACCCCCUGGAAUGAUAACCAGGAUCAGUGGAACCAGCAGCCUUGGCUGGACAAUUCCAGUAAUGUCAGGAACUGGGCAGAAGCUCAGAAGUGGGAUGAGAAUGGGCAAAAGUGGGAUGGGAAUACUACAGAGUAUAUUGGCAGGUUGGAUGGGCCCAGCGAAGGGUGGGACGGGGAGAGAUGGAACAACAACUGGGGGGAGGUGCCUACACCGACGGUGCAUGUGGAUAUGAAUGCUGCCUACUGGAGGGGCAAUGCCAGCGUUGCUGACAGCAGCGAUAAUGGAGGUUUCCCGGAAGAUGGCAUGCUGCAUUCGCCCCACACGGCCGCUGUGGGGGGCAUGUCCCGACAGUCCCCCUCCACCAGCAGGAUCAGACCGCAUUCACCAUCCAAUUCUACCGGUCGCAUGAGAAGUCACUCUCCAUCUAACACCAGCGCAACGGAUCGUCUCUUAUCAAACUCCCCCUCCACGCGACUACAGAGUCAAUCUCCUUCCAACAACUCCUCUAAUAGCAGAAUAAAGGGCUCACCGCUAAGGCUACGCGAGCAGUCUCCCUCGAGGCACAUGCACAGCCCGGCGCGCUCGCCGUGCUACGAGCCCGAGCAGCCGGCCUUGUACGUCGCCAACUACCCUCAGGUGGAAGCUGGCGGUACAACGGACCCCGAGGCGGACGUGCUGGUACGACUGGCUAGAGGCUCGGCCGGCUUCGGGUUCCGCAUAGUAGGCGGCACUGAAGACGGCAGCCGAGUCGCCGUGGGUUAUGUUGUACCAGGGGGUCCGGCGGACGGGUUGCUGCGGCCGGGCGACCUGCUGACGUCGGUGGACGGCAUCCCGCUGGCGGGCGCGACGCACGCGCGCGCCGUCGCCUACGUGUGCCAGGCUGCGUCUAGGGGACAUGUGACGUUAGGUGUGCGCCACAACAGGGCGGACAUCCAGCCGCUCGGCUUGCCCGCCAUACCGGCGCCGCAUGUGCACCAACCCUUACUCGCGUCGGAGCCCCAUCACCAGGUAGCCCCGGGCCCCUACAACAUCUUGCACCCCGCGCCGCUCUACCCGCCCGCCGCGCAUCUACCCAUGUACGGCGUGCAGUACGACGCGGGCUCGCCCGGCGGCUGGAGCAGCGCGCCCUACGACGUGACGGUGACGCGCAACGAGGGCGAGGGCUUCGGCUUCGUCGUCAUCUCCUCCACCAACAAGAACACCAGCACCAUCGGUCAACUGAUCCCCAACUCGCCAGCGUCCCGCUGCGGGCGCUUGCACGUGGGCGACACGAUCGUCGCCAUCAACGCGCAGCCCGUGCGCAACCUGCCGCACCCCGACGUGGUGGCGCUCAUCAAGCGCUCCGGCGCCGCCGUCACGCUCACCGUCACGCACGCGCGCCAAGACUGACUCCAAGACUGAGUGAGUGAAAACUCGAAAUGAAAAGUUGCCGAUUCGGACUGUUUGACGAAAAUCUCAUUUUCGAAUUACUUUAAGAUGACUUUACAGGUAGCUAUGUAGCAUUAACAGCCUUAUUUAUAAACAUAAAUAAAGAUUUAAACUUCAAAUUUCUUCAAAAUUAAGUGAACUUUAAUCUGUAGUGAUUAAGGUCCACAUUACUUUGAAGAACAAAGGUUUAAAUUUUAAUCUAUACUUAUGAAUAUGAUGGAAAGUUUACCUAGAGCUGAAAAUUUAUCUACACGUAGACUAUUUACCUAGACUAUUGAAUCCCGAUAGCUUUAAUUUAAUAUCAAAUUGUAUUUUUUAGGGAACGUUUUCGAUUAGAUAGCCUUAUAUUACCUUAAGUGUAGUUUAUUAUAUAUAAUAUCGGUUUUACUGAGAAAAGGCUUUUUUUAAACCAGCUUCGUGAUAUUCCAUACAAAUUUCCGUAUAGUGAUGCACAUAUUUUUAAUAAAGCACUUUUUAC